GGGAGCCGCGGGAGGGGCGGGYCCGCACAGGGCAGAGGUGGCUCAUUCCGCUGCCCAUCCCGCAUCUCCYGGUCGCGGCCCCGCAGCCAUGGAGCCCUCGCAGGUUGCCAUCAUCGGCAGUGGACUCAUUGGUCGCAGCUGGGCCAUGGUGUUUGCUGCUGGAGGCUUCAAAGUGAAACUUUAUGAUAUUGCACAACAGCAGCUGACAAGUGCCCUGGAAAAUAUUCGCAAACAAAUGAAAGAGAUGGAGAAGUCGGGAUUCCUGAAAGGAGCUUUGAGUGCGGAACAGCAGUUGGCUCUCAUUAGCGUUUGUACAGACCUGAAGGCAGCAGUAGAGGGUGCUACUUUCAUUCAGGAAUGUACUCCAGAGAACYUGGAACUGAAAAAGAAGAUUUUUGGUCAGCUAGAUCUUAUUGUGGGUGACAAUGUUGUCUUGAGCAGCUCGACCUCUUGUCUCUUACCCAGCAAAUUGUUCACWGGCCUUAAACAUGUUAAGCAGUGCAUCGUGUCACAUCCUGUAAAUCCACCUUACUUUGUGCCAUUGGUUGAAAUUGUUCCUCAUCCAGAAACAGAUCCUUCAACUGUAGAGAAGACAUAUGCCCUGAUGAAGAAGAUUGGUCAGUCUCCUGUCAAACURAACAGAGAAAUCGAAGGGUUUGUUCUGAAUCGACUACAGUAUGCAGUGAUAAGUGAAGCUUGGAGACUUGUGGAUGAYGGAGUAGUAUCUCCUACUGAUCUAGACCUUGUGAUGUCUGAUGGAUUGGGAAUGAGAUAUGCAUUUAUUGGACCUCUGGAAACCAUGCAUCUUAAUGCAGAAGGUGUCUCAAAUUAUUGUGAAAGAUAUGCUGAAGGAAUGAAACUUGUUCUGAACACCUUUGGACCAGUUCCAGAAUUUUCAGGUGAAACUGUGCAGAAAAUCAAUCAGGCACUGUCUGAAAAAAUUCCAGUUGUUCCAAAAGUCCUGGAUGCCAGGAGAAAAUGGAGAGAUGAAUGUCUCACUGGUCUUGCCAAACUGAAAACACAAAUGAAAUCUAACUGAGGUGUACCUUGUGUAACAGGAGAGACAAAAUGAAGAACUGAUCUUCAUAAAAAAGUAGAAAUUUUUGGUCAUGCAGAAGAGAAGACUGAAUAGGCAACCAAUGACCUGUGCACAAGUAGAGACCAAUGAAACAUUUGGUCCCAAUUUGCCAAAUUGAUGAAUGACUAGAAAGWGAUAUUAAAAAGUUCAGUUAAAAUUUAUCAAAUUGCUAUAUAAAUGCAUUAGAUGUGUAAGCAUUAAGUAGCUUUAGCAGCAUUAAUAUUGUGCAAUGCCAGAACACAGUCAUGAUUUAAAUAAUGCAUUUUUCAGCUUGCUUAGGAAUUCAGCACUUGAACAAUAUUUGCUAAUGCAGGGAUCUGAAACAGGCAAACAUCAGCUGUUUGUCACUGGAGAAAAUAAGCCCUCCCCGCCAGUCACUGUGACAGUGAGGUUAAUUUAUGAAGCACUGACUGCCGAUAGGAGAAGGUGGUAUUUGAGCAAAGUGUGGAUUCACUGGCUGGUGACUGAGACCUCAGCAGCAGUUAAGGGUCACUUGAGUUCAUAUCUGUUACUGUUUCACAAUGUAAAGGAAAGAACUGCUCCUCCUUUCCCUCCYCUUGGCACUUCUGUACCUGUAUGGAAAUCUAAAUAUGAGUAAAUAGAGCAGAAUUCCCGUUUCAUGCCCUCCCCCUGGUUCUGUAAGACUUGCCAGAGACAUGUUUGGUCUUCAAGACUGUGCACUUGAGAGCCCAUGGCCUCUCCCACCAGUGCUUGAUGCUGGCCAUUGGCAUUGCUGCAUAAGUAGAUGCUCAAUUUUAAGACUUGUCUGUGAGAAAUAAGAGCUUUUGAUAUAGUAGCUAAUUUGGGAGACARUAUGGCGUACUGCAUCUGUCUGGGCUUUCUCCAUGACCUUCUGAAUGAUCUUGGGAAACCAGGACACUUCUCUGGUGCCACAUUUGUUUUACACAUUAGCUGAAGCAAGAUUUGCUUCUUUAGGAYUCAGCUUUACCGGAUGUAACAGCUSUAGCUGAAGGAACCCAGAYAUCUGAGUUGGAACUAGAUGAUCUUUAAGRUCCCUUCCAACCCAUCCAAUCUGAUGAUUCCAUGAUCUUUUGGUCCCCUACAGAGGGAAARAUGCAGUGGCUUAGAUGGAGCAUUUAUGCUUUACUGCUGCCCUUCCCUCAGGAUACACAACAUCUCCACAUACAAGGACACAGGAUACACCUGGAAGUAGUAUCAAGCUCAGGUGCUGCAGUGGUUUUGGUCCACUGCAGACAAAGUGUUGCAAUGAAUGUCUGUACUCUGUAAUACAGUUGGACUUUGAUCUCAGCUGGAACCUUGGGGCAUUAUUGUUAAUGCAGAUAGUAGGAAUAACUUGAAAUAAUGCAGUGCAUCCACCCUGCUUAAGUUAUACAGCUCUGAAUUUGUACUAACUGGUCAUGUAACUUCACAGCACAGAUACAGAAAUUUUAGGCUGUUCUUCUGCUAAUUCUCAAGGGUUUUUAGUAGAGGAUGCAGCACACAAACAAAUAAGCUGUUGUUUAGUAAAGCUGUGACUUUACUGGUUAUCAUUUUGAGCAGAAAUGUCUGCAUGAACAUACCAAACCCACUUAUUUGUGCUUAGGUCACAGUAAAAGAGACAUAAAAUCAUUUGUAUUGCUCAACACAAGUGGUGGGCCAAAAACACAUCUCUGGAUGUAAAACAUAGGAUGGGAGGCAUAGUGCUGAGGUUGUCCUGUGCUUCUUUAUAAUCAGUGGAGAGAACAGAAUACUUUUAGAAUACUUUGUAAGCUCAAAGUAUUUUAUCCCAAUGUAGACUUAAAAUUUUCAAGUUUAUUCUCUUGUUUUCUAUUGCGACAGCGACUGGCUCAACUUGCAUUUAGAUAUCUGAGAGGUCAGUCCUCACUCCUGAGGCCUUGCUAAGCAAUAGUAAAUUAAUUAUGAGGUUGAUUUCCUCAUUUAGUGUAAGUCUUUGCAUUUCAGACAAAGCUGAAGAAGGUUCUGAUUACUUUUGAAGUUUGACCUGUUUUUAUUGUGGGYAUAUGACCUUGUCAUAACUAAUUAACUUGCAUUGCUUCUGUUUACUCUGAGAUUUUUUAAAACUUGAUCAUGUAUGAAAUAUUUGCUGCUGUCUUUAUUAUUUGCUUAUUAAUAAAAUAUUUCAAUGAAA